GGCAGUUGAGUCCGCUCGGCCUUCCCUGGACAACACAACGCCGAUCAUCACAGUGAUUCAUUCAGCCAGGCAGACAACCGGGGAGCAGACGACCCAAACAAACAGACACCCUACCGAGCCGCGGAACCAAAGGCUGGGGUCUAAACUCAGGAGAGCAAGUAUUCCGCUCAAAGACAGAACUAGCUAGCGUGUCAUGGCGGAGGUUGGCGAGGUUUUAAUGUCAGUUUUGUCCACAAUUCGGGUUCCGAGGCCCGGGGACCGUGUCCACAAAGACGAAUGCGCCUUGUCAUUUUCCUCGCCGGAGAGUGAAGGAGGCUUGUAUGUGUGCAUGAACAGUUUCCUGGGCUUUGGCAGUCAGUAUGUGGACAGGCACCACACCCGGACUGGUCAGCGGGCUUAUUUGCACAUCACCCGGACCCGUAAGACUCAGAAGGAAGACGAUAAUAACUCUGGAUCUGGUCACCCACCUAAGAAAAAACCCACCAGACUGGCAAUAGGGAUUGAAGGUGGUUUUGAUGUGGAGCAGGAGCAGUAUGAAGAGGAUGUGAAGGUUGUCAUCUUCCCCGACAGACAGGAGGUUACUUCAGAUGACCUCGCUGGCAUGCCUGAUGUUGUGAGAGAGAGGGUGUCUCUGUCCAUGGCUGGUCUCAUGUCAGCAGAUUCAGUGUCUCAUACCUUGCAAGUUCAACAAUGGGAUGGAGAGGUGAGACAGGAGUCACGGCACGCCGCCGAUCUCAAACAGCUUGAUAACGGAGUCAAGAUCCCGCCCAGUGGCUGGCGGUGUGAGGUAUGUGACCUGCAGGAGAACCUGUGGAUGAACCUGACGGACGGCAAAGUGCUGUGUGGUCGCAGAUACUUUGAUGGCUCUGGGGGAAACAACCAUGCUCUGCUCCACUUCCAGCAGACAGGACACCCACUUGCUGUCAAACUGGGUACUAUCACCCCUGAUGGAGCAGAUGUGUAUUCCUAUGAUGAGGAUGACAUGGUACUGGAUCCCAAGUUACCAGAGCACCUGGCUCACUUUGGCAUUGACAUGAUGACCAUGGAGAAGACCGAGCGGACAAUGACAGAGCUGGAGAUUGCUGUGAAUCAGCGGGUGGGUGAGUGGGAGGUGAUCCAGGAGUCAGGGACCACCCUGCGGCCUCUCUCAGGCCCUGGCCUGACCGGCAUGAAGAACCUGGGCAACAGCUGCUACCUCAACUCUGUCAUGCAAGUGCUCUUCACCGUGCCGGACUUCCAGAACAAGUAUGUGUCUAACAUUGACAAGAUCUUUGAUGAAGCGCCAAGCGACCCCACCCAGGACUUCAAAACCCAAGUAGCCAAGCUGGGCUACGGUCUCCUGUCAGGAGAGUAUUCCAAGCCAGCACCAGACCCAGGUGAUGAAAAUGGCACUUCUGAACCCAGGGGUGAUCAAAUCGGCAUAGCACCACGAAUGUUUAAAGCACUUGUUGGGCGGGGCCACCCAGAGUUCUCCACCAACCGGCAGCAGGAUGCUCAGGAGUUUUUAUUGCACUUCAUAAACAUGGUGGAGAGGAACUGCCGUUCUGGCCUCAACCCAUCUGAAGCCUUCAGAUUUUUGGUGGAGGAGAGGAUUGUGUGUCAGCAAUCACAGAAAGCCAAGUACACACAGAGGGUGGAUUAUAUCCUCCAGCUGCCAGUGCCCAUGGACCAGGCCACCAACACAGAGGAGCUGCAGGAGGCAGAGCGUCGACGUGAAGAGGCAGAUUCAUCAGCAGGUCCUCUCCCGACAGUUAGAGCCCAAAUCCCCUUCACAGCUUGCAUGGCUGCCCUCAGUGAGCCAGAGAUCCUUACAGACUUCUGGAGCUCAGCUGUGCAGGCCAAGACCACUGCUACUAAAACAACCCGCUUUGCCUCUUUCCCUGACUACUUGGUUAUCCAGAUUAAGAAGUUCACCUUUGGCCUUGACUGGGUUCCAAAGAAACUGGAUGUGAGCAUUGACGUUCCUGACACGCUGGACCUGAGUGCGCUGCGCGGGGCCGGCCAGCAGCCAGGGGAGGAGCUUCUACCGGAGGUGGCCCCACCCCCACUCAUGACCCCAGAUGUGGAGGUCAAAGGUAUCCUGGGUUCCCACGGCAACGAGGAGGACGACUCGCUCUACUCCCCACUGCUGUCCCCAGUCCUGGAUGACUCCACGGUGUCCCAGUUAUGUGAAAUGGGAUUCCCACUGGAGGCCUGCAGGAAGGCGGUGUACUACACUGGGAACACUGGAAUCGAUGCUGCCAUGAACUGGGUCAUGGGCCAUAUGGACGACCCAGACUUCUCUGCCCCCCUGGUGUUGCCUGGCUGUAGCUCCGCCCCUGGGACCACACCCACAGAGAGCCUGUCUGAAGAGCACCUGGCAACUAUCGUCUCCAUGGGCUUCAGCCGAGACCAGGCUACCAAAGCACUUAGAGCCACGAGUAAUGUCCUCGAGCGGGCAGUUGACUGGAUCUUCUCCCACCUGGAUGAUCUGGAGUCUAUGGAGGUGUCAGAAGGAGGUCGCUCAGCAGCCGACAGUGAGGGGAGCAGGGAGCCACCCCCUGGGCCCCGUGUCAGAGAUGGACCAGGCAAAUAUGAGCUGUUUGCAUUCAUCAGUCACAUGGGGACAAGCACAAUGUGUGGCCACUACGUCUGUCACAUCAAGAAGGACCAACAGUGGGUCAUCUUCAAUGAUCAGAAAGUGUGCGCUUCAGAAAAGCCCCCUAAAGACCUGGGGUACCUCUACUUCUACCGAAGAGUGGCUGAAUGAGAUGAAGGAUAGUCAGGCUUUGAGUGAAGGAGGAAAGUGUGGACGCUAAACACAAACACAAACACAAAACAACACAACAUGCAUAGUCGCACUCCACCAAGCUAGUAAGAAUGGCCUGACGCGCUUCAGAACUGACAAAUUAGGUUGUAAAUACACUUGUCAGAUGGGUUAUGUACACACUUCAAAUUAAUUGGUGCAGAUGUACAGUGUUGGGGAGGGAGAAGUCUGUUAAUCACUUGAAUGCACACCAAAAGUUAGCGGGACUUCUGUUGCUUGGCUGUCGGUCCAUUCAUUCCCUCGUAUGUUUGCUCCAUUAUUAUUAUUAUCAAUCCCCAUAAAAACAUGUUGCUUCCAACCCCUUCAAUCUUUUAUUGGACAGUGGCAGCUUUGACAUCAUCACUUCAGCAAGGCACCACCUUCCUCCUCCUCCUCUUCCUCCUCCUCCUCCUCCUCUCCAUCCGUUUGACUGAGGAAGUUCAACGUUCACGAUAAGAGAAAACAUUAAAAAUCUGAAUAAAUGGCUCAAGUGUGUGUUUAAAAAAUAAAUAAAUAAAUAAAUAAGUCAAACACCAAACCAAACUGGUUGUUCUUUAAAGUGCAGUAAGGGUGAUAACUGGGUGAUUUUUUUUUUUUUUGUUUUUUUGUUUUUGUUUUUGUUCUAUUUUGUUUUUACUUUGCAAAAAAAGCCUUUGUUACUUCUUCUCUGACAAAUAAAGACUUGUCUUUCUGCCA